AUGGGCCCCCUUUCCAACUUUAAAGCAAAUCUCUCAACACAGCUCUUAGUACUAACUUUGGAAAAUAAUCAACUAUCUGGAAUCAUUCCUGCUGAGAUUGAGAAUCUCGUCAACUUGACCGCGUUGGACUUAGACAGUAACUUUCUCGAAGGUAACAUUCCAUCUGUUAUAGGGAAGCUUCCAAAGCGUCAAAGAUUAUUCUUGAACGAUAACAGACUUUCAGGACAGAUACCUUCAUCCAUAGGCAAUCUCACUCUUUUGUAUGAACUCCAUUUAGAUGACAACAACUUGAAUGGAAGCAUUCCUUCCAACAUUGGAAAUUGUCAAAAGUUACAGUACCUAACCCUUCCUAAUAAUAGCCUCCAAGGCCCAAUACCUAAACAACUCUUCCUUAUAUCCUCCAUAUCAAUAUCUCUCAACUUAUCUACUAAUUCUCUGGUCGGUUCCCUACCAAUUGAAAUUGGUAACUUGAAGAGUCUUUCUACAAUAGAUAUCUCCAAAAACAAAUUGUCUGGAGAAAUUCCCUCCUCCAUUGGUGAUUGUAAUAUUUUGGAACAUCUUUAUAUGGGGGGUAAUUUCUUUGAAGGAACCAUUCCUCGAUCUGUAACUCUUUUGAAGGGGCUUCAAGAUUUAGAUCUCUCACUCAACAACUUAUCAGAGCAAAUCCCAAAAAAUCUAGAAAAGCUUUCAGCAUUGCAGAGUUUGAAUUUAUCCUUCAAUAAUCUUGAAGGGGAGGUACCAGCAAAAGGAAUCUUUGGAAAUGCAAGUGCAAUUUUUGUGAAUGGAAAUGAUAAGCUUUGUGGUGGAAUUGCGAAGUUACAUCUGCCUACAUGCACAAACCCUAGAUCUAUGAAACGAAAAAAAUCCAAUGCUUUUAGAAUAGUUUUAGUGAUAAUCGGUUUGGUUCUUGGUUUUCUUUUGAUAACCUCCUUUCUUACUCUCUAUUGGAGAAGAAGAUCAAAAAGUAAACCUCCAUCCACACCAUUAAUCGGUGAACAGUUCUUUAAGCUUUCUUACAAAGAUCUUUUCCAAGCUACUGGAGGAUUUUCAUCAGCUAAUUUCAUAGGUUCCGGUAGUUUUGGCUCUGUAUACAAAGGGAUUAUCGACCAAGAUGAAACGAUUGUUGCAGUCAAGGUACUCAACCUUCAAAAUCCAAGAGUCUAUAAGAGCUUUAUGGUUGAAUGCAAAGCAUUAAGAAACAUUCGGCAUCGAAAUCUUGUCAAGAUUUUAACUUCAUGUUCAAGUAUUGACUCCAAAGGCUUCAAAGCCCUUGUUUAUGAGUUCAUGCCCAAUGGGAGUCUAGAUGAUUGGUUGCAUAUGUCGGUAGAGGCACAUAAUCAUUCAAGAAAUUUAGACUUUCUUCAAAGAUUAAACAUUACAAUUGAUGUGGCUUCUGCUUUGGAUUACCUUCGUUAUAACUCUUAUGCGCCAAUUGUUCAUUGUGACUUGAAGCCAAGCAAUGUUCUACUUGACAGAGAUAUGACUGCACAUGUCAAUGAUUUUGGUUUGGCGAGGCUACUUUUAGAAACUGAUGACAAUUCAUCCCAGACUCAAACUAGUACCAUUGGGAUAAAAGGAUCUAUUGGCUAUGCUGCUCCAGAAUAUGGAAUGGGAGGAAGGGCAACUAUCCAAGGAGAUGUGUUUAGCUAUGGGAUCCUUUUAUUGGAGAUGUUCACAGGAAAGAGGCCAAUAGAUCAGAUGUUUACUGAUGAUUUAAAUAUCCAUAACUAUUCAAUGACAGCUUUACCUGUACACGUGAUGCAAAUUUUAGAUCCAACACUCCUACCCGAGGAAGAACAAAGUGAACAAAUUGAAGAGAUUGCUAUCAAUAGGAUUGAAGGACCUAGUCAUAGGACAAAUCAAUUGCAAGAUUGCAUAACGUCAAUAAUUGAAAUUGCAGUCUAGUGCUCCAUGGAAUCGCCAAGAGAAUGUAUGAACUUGAAUGAUGUUGUGAGAGGACUACAUUUAAUCAAAGGAAAAUUUUCUUGCAGCAAGAAUCUAUCAAUAUAGAGCAACUACGCCUGAUUAGAAGGUGAUUCUGAAUUUAUUAUCUUUAUAUUUAUGGUAUUUUCUUGGCCGCUUAAUGCUCAUGAAAAACUAAGGAAAAGAAAGCUCUAGAUC